AUGUUGCUUCUGUUCGAGACCCCGGCGGGGUUCGCCCUGUUCAAGGUGCUAGACGACAAGAAGCUCGACAAGGUCGAGGACAUCUGGACGCACUUCGAGUCGUCGGAAAGCGCCAGCAAGGUGGUGAAGCUGAAGGCGUUCGACAAGUUCGAGAACACGGCGGACGCGUUGGGCGCGGCGACGGCGCUGGUGGAGAGCAAGCUGAGCAAGGGGCUGAAGAAGUUCGUCAAGGCGCAGUGCCAGGGCGAGACGCUCGCCGUGGCGGACUCUAAACUUGGCAACAUUAUCAAAGAGAAAUUGGGAGUGACAUGCGUCCACAACGCAGCGGUGAUGGAGCUCAUGCGCGGAGUGCGCUCGCACCUCUCGGAGCUCAUCGCAGGGCUGUCAGGCACGGACCUUGCGCCCAUGAGCCUGGGGCUCAGCCACAGCCUGUCCCGCUACAAACUCAAGUUCUCGCCGGAUAAGGUGGACACGAUGAUAGUGCAGGCCAUCGGGCUGCUGGACGACCUAGACAAGGAGCUGAACACGUACGCCAUGCGCGUGCGCGAGUGGUACGGGUGGCACUUCCCCGAGCUCGCCAAGAUCGUCUCGGACAACCUGCAGUACGCGCGCGCCGUCAAGCUCAUGGCCCACCGCGUCAACGCUGCUGACCUCGACUUUUCCGGGAUAUUGGAGGAGGAUGUGGAGUCGGCAAUGAAGGAUGCGGCGGUGAUCUCCAUGGGGACGGAGGUCAGCGAGCACGACAUGACCAACAUCAUUGCUCUCUGCGACCAGGUCAUCGCGCUCUCAGAGUACCGCGCGCAGCUUUUCGACUACCUGCGCUCGCGAAUGCUGGCUAUUGCGCCCAACCUGACGGUGCUGGUGGGCGAGCUCGUGGGGGCGCGUCUCAUCGCGCACGCGGGGUCAUUGAUGAGUCUGGCCAAGCACCCCGCCUCCACCGUUCAGAUCCUAGGCGCUGAGAAGGCUCUGUUCCGUGCGCUCAAGACGAAGCACGAUACACCCAAGUACGGGCUCAUCUUCCACGCGUCCCUCAUCGGCCAGGCGCCCCCCAAGCUCAAGGGCAAGAUCUCGCGUGUGCUGGCUGCCAAGUGCUCUCUCGCAAUUCGCGUGGACGCCCUGGGUGAUGCCACCGAGCCCACUGUUGGGAUUGAAGGCCGCGCCAAGAUUGAGCAGCGGCUGCGGCAGCUGGAGGGGCGGGUGUUGGGCAGUGCGAGUGCAGCGAGUAAGGGCAAGGCGAAGCUGGGGGCGUACGACAAGGACAGGAAGGAGGGCACGGGCGGGCUAAUCACCCCUGCUAAGGCUUACAACCCCGCAUCUGAUGCGCUGCUGACAGCCAAGUCCCCAGCGACAGACGCAACACCAGCAGCCGGAGAGGAGUCGGCUAAGAAAGCGAAGAAGGAGAAGAAGGCCAAGAAGGACAAGGAGAACGGCGAGGCCACUCCCUCUGCUGCCGCCCGUGUUGAUGCCGACGGGGCAGAGCCUCCCUCCACCGAGAAGAAAAAGAAGAAAAAGCGUGAUAGGGAGGAGGAAGGCAAGGCAAAGGAGGAAGCAGCAGCGCCGGUGACCCCUGCCUCUGAGAAAAAGAAGAAAAAGAAGGAUGCAGCAGCGGAUGGGAGUGUAACUCCGGGCGCCAGUGAUGGUUCAGCCAAGAAGAAAAAGAAGGCCAAGGAGGAGGAUGGGGCGACGCCAGGGACGACUGGAUCGUCCAAGAAGAAAAAGAAGGCAGCGGAGUGA